UGACGCCGACGAAAGAAAGUUCUGUUAUGGUUUCCAUCUUUACUCCUCCACACCACAACCCCUCUAGCUUUACCCCUUCUCUAUCUUCCUAUUUCUCCCUUAUUUCUCUUCAUAAUGUUCCAAAGAACUGUCCUCAGACAAGGCCAGACCGCCGCCCGGUCUGCGCUCUCCUCCCGCUCUAUUUCCACAGCUCCGUUUGCCGUCCGUCGGCCAUCGCAGCUGCAGUCGCAGCUCCCCCAGAGCUUCCGGCCAUUGAUCCGCCAGCCCGCUUACCGUUUCUACUCUACCGAAAAGGCCGCUGAAUCUGAGGGCAAGGAAGGCGAAGCCGCUGCCGCUGAGCAGUCUCCCGAAGAUGCUCUUCUCAAAGAGCUCGAGAACAAGAAAAAGGAAGCUACUGACAUGAAGGACAAAUACGUUCGCUCGGUUGCAGACUUUAUGAACCUCCAGGAACGCACAAAGCGUGAAAUGGAAUCGGCCCGUAACUUCGCUAUCCAGAAAUUCGCCAUUGACCUUCUCGAAAGCAUUGACAACUUCGACCGUGCCCUCCUCGCCGUCCCGGCCGAGAAGCUCAGUGGUGCUGAGGCCGAGAACAAGGACUUGGUGGAUCUCGUCACCGGUCUGCAGAUGACCCAGAAUGUUCUCAUGAACUCGCUUAAGAGGCACGGUCUGGAGCGAUUCGACCCUUCAGAGGCCGGCGAGGCCGGCAAGCCCCAAAAGUUCGACCCCAACCUGCACGAGGCUACCUUUAUGGCCAAGUCUGAGAACUUGGAGGACGGUGACAUUAUGUACACCCAGAGCAAGGGAUUCACCCUUAAUGGAAGGACAAUUAGAGCCGCCAAGGUUGGCGUUGUCCGGAACUCCUAAACGAGUCCGUUGACGAUUACCUUUCGCGAAUCUCUUAAACCAUAUCUCACCUCUCCCACCUUUCCUAAUUGUACUAUAUACCAAAACUUGUCAUGGUGGAGAAUCACCAGUCAUGGAAUCUACCGCGGACAUGAUCAACGAUCUCCUGGGAAUACCUCUCGGGUUUCUCGCACUUUUUUACGAAUCUGUGUAUGAUUUUUUUUUUUUUUUACGGUUGUGGCUAGGGCGUCCGGGGCGUCUUAGUAUCGUUUUUGUUCGAAUCUAUCACCUCACCUCUCACCUCACUAUCUGUACAAUACC